GUCCGACGUCUUCUAUUCCCUACAUUCUCCCGUUAUUAUGUCCCCCGGCGGCGGCGGAGGAGCCCGUAAACGGCCGCGCGCGGAGAGCACCGCCCGCCUCUCCUCCGAACCCGACCCCGAUCCCGACGAAACCCUAGCCGAGAAUUCUCCUCCCCCGACGCCUCUCCCCUCCUCCGCCCCCACCGCCAGCCGUCUCAACGACCCUGCCACCGCCGACGUCCUCCUCCGCCUCCACCUCGACGAUUCCUCCUCGACCUUCUCCCCAGUCCCCCACCCCACAUUCCUCGACCUCCACCUCCACUCCUUCGCCCUCCGCCGCUCCCGCUACUUCGCCGCCCUUCUCUCCGACCUGUGGCUUCCUGACGCCGGCGACUCUACCGACGCUGUCUUCCGCCUUAACCACACGGUCCCCUCCGCCGCCGCCCGCUCCCGCUGCCCCUUCGGGUCCCACGUUGGCGUCCUCCGCCUUCUCUACACCCUCGACUUCUCCGGGUCGAUCCUCUCCGCCGCCGACGCCCUGGAGAUGCUUCCCGUCGCCCUCGAGCUCCUCUUCGACGAUUGCAUCCAGGCCUGCGUACGAUUCCUUGAGGCCGUGCCGUGGACCGAGGAGGAAGAGGAGGCCGUGCUCAAUUUGAUCCCUUUCCUCGAAGAAGAGGAAUCCCACGACCUCCUCGCUAGGAUCCGGCCGGAGACGAGACCCGACGGGAAGCUCCCCUCGGAGGAGAUGCUUCACGGCCUGAUCCUCUCGGCCGUGCACAGCCAUCCGAAGGUGGCCACCGUGAAGGCCUUUGUGGCGAAGUUACUGAGAGAUUACCCCUGGCGGGACUCGGUGAGAAGCGUCUUGGACCGAGCAUUCUUGGAUAACCUGGAAACGGUGAAGAAAUUGCUUGGAGAGUAUGCAAGCCCGGACUUCAGGGUGGCGGAGGACAACGACGAGACCGAGGCGAUGCAGAGGCUGAGCCUCCACAAGGCAAUGGUGAAUGCAAGGCACCUGCUGUGGCUGGUGGAGAGAAUGAUCGAGCUGAGGGUGGCGGACAUGGCGGUGAGGGAGUGGAGCGAGCAGGCUGCGCUCGUGGCCGACCUGCAGAGGACGUUCAGGGAUGACGCAUGGUGGAAUAUUGCACCUGGCUUGCCAUCGCUAGUGAUGAGGUGCACCAGCCGGCUCGCCAAUGCUGUGGCUGCUGGGUCGAUCCUGGCUCCCAGACAGGUGAGAAUGAAUCUUGUGAAGGAGUGGCUUCCUGUGUUGAAUGUUUGCAGAGAUAUGGUUUCACCAAUACCAUCUGGUCACAAAAUGCUUUAUCAGGAGAUGGAAGAAAUAUUUCUAAGGAUUAUCUCCACCCUGCCAAUGUCAGAUGCCCAAGAAUUGCUGCAGCAGUGCCUCAGCUUCUCCACCCGCAAUGUUGAUGACUGCCCACACCUGAUCUCAGCAUUUAAUACCUGGUUUAGGCGGGCAAAGUGACCGCCACACGAUGGCAGUACCGGUUGAAAGUAGAUUAUGUGAGUGGCAUAAAAUGUGGAUAGACUAUUGAAUAUAUGAUCAUGUCGAUGAUGUUGUUUAUUGUUUAGUAAAGAGCUACAGUAGACUUCACAUGUAACUUACAUAUUGAUAACUUGUCUUAUAUUGUUCUUUCCAUAUUUGUGUCAGACUGCCUUUUGAUC